GAGUCUUCGGAGCAAUUUCGGAGGUAGCGCUACGUCGCGUGCCUUGCGAAUAGUUUCCCUGACUACAUUCACUUCCGGGGAAAACACAUUUCUGAAUUUAUAUGUUUUCUCAUUCUUAUCGGCCGUCAUAUAUCAAGACUGCACUUAAAUACUCAACGUAUGCAUAUGGAGCAUCACCAAGUAAGGACGUCAAAUAAAAUCUGCUUUAAAGUACUAAUCAAACUUUUAGGACUUCAAAACAACGACCCUUUGUCCCCAAAACCACAUGAAUCCAAAGUUCUGACUGUUAAGAAAAGUGGCAAUCCUCAGAUUGAUGAACUAUCGCUUAAUGCGGCUAUACUUAUCAAACAAUCUGAGUGUGCUCUAACUUCCAAGCACAUUCCUCCUAGGUUCCAAACAAUCACAAAGUGUUGCAAACAGUUUUGGAUGGCGAAUUUUCCCGAGUGGUCUCGCAUUCUUGAAAUAAAACUGGACAAGGACCCACACUUUCUUGACAGUCAUAUUUCAGAACCCAGUUUCCCGCAUAGUUUCUCUGCUCAGCUUUCAAAAAUUUUUAAUUUCAAUAUCAAACUAGCAGGAUUCUUGGAUUCAAGUAUUGCGUCAGGAGAGGUUUUUAAUUUUCUACGGUUUUGUGAUUCCGUUUACAAAGAAUCGCGAACAGCUAAAGGAUUUCGACGUGGCCAUAUUAUACAGACCUCAAUGGUUUACGAAAAGCUAGCAAAUUAUUACGCAAAAUGUGGUGACUGGAGUGGAUACAUUAAAUUACUGGAACGAAUGAAACGAGAGGGUUUGUUACCUUCAAAAAAUACUUAUUUCUAUGGAUUCGAAUGUUUGGGUAAACUUAUGAACAAGAAUGGAUCUCAACUUCCACCGUCUUCGCACCCUCAGUCUAUUUCAAAAAAUAAAGCAUUUAAUCGCAUAACUCCCAAAUCAGUUAUACCUAUGGAAAAAAUUGGACGCGAAGCUAAAAAUCUAAUAGGUGCUGCUGAAAAGGAGGGACAUGAUCUAACUCAGGGAUUACUAGGUUUAUCUCUAGAAGAAGGUUCAUUGAGGAACAUUCUCACUGCUUUGUUGUAUGUCCGACCAAAUAUAAAUCCAAAUCUUAAUUACUUUAUACACUAUUCAUCCAGUAAUAUUUCAACACAUACCAAACGUAUCAAGGAAAUAUCUCAUCCAGCUCAAAAACAUUUAGAUAGUGUUAAACACGAACGUAAAAAUCCUUACGCUGGUAUUUUUACGGAUUUUGGUGACAUUUCAAAGGCAUUUAAAAACCAGAUGUAUGUAGAACAAAUGACAGAAGUCACUGUCUCACCCGUACUUUCACCAUUCGGUCAAUCAGAAACUACCUCUUUAUCGCCAGAACUAAAAAAGAAUUUGCAUAAUGCUUUGAUUCUAGAACGUAAACACUGGCAUCAAAUCCUACUAACUGCCUUUAAUGAACAGUUGAAAAGGCUUAAAAUAAUUCAUGCAAAAGGAAAACUGACAGCUUAUCCAUUCCUGAAGAUCUUGCCUGCAUCAAAUUAUAUAGAUCUGAUGAUUUCGGGCAUUGAUAUGUUAAUUGUGGAUUCAGCUUUACAGUAUACCUCCUCAUCAAUUGCUUGUCUUCAACUUGGUCGGCGUGUAGAACGCGCUUGUACUGUAUACCGCCAAGAAAAAAUAGGAUAUUUUAAGCAGUUAGAAAAAAUGUACAUGACAUAUGCUACUUUGUUUAAUGAACAUGAAAUGAAAUUUUCUAAUUUCCGUCAUAUGUGGCUAUAUGCUCUACAAUCACGUAUAGAUCAAGGUCCGAAUACGCAACAUAAUUGGACUUCGUGGCCUCCAACAAUUCUUUUCAUGAUUGGUGAGGUAUUAUACAGUCUUAUAUAUGAACAUUUACGUUUCGACUUAAAUGGCCCACUUAGAGUUCGUCAUGAAUUCUCAAAAAGUAAUGAAAAGACAAGUAGUAAUAUUCGUCGUAAAGAUACUCCAGCUAUCUUUGAAGUUCUCGCAGAAUUCCCAACUGAAGUAACUAAUGAAAUUAAGGUUCAUCCAACGCUAAUUAACUGGUAUCGUGAUGCAGAUUAUCCACCCUUAAGUUUCCAUCCAUGUGCUCUACCUAUGCUUUGUCCACCAGUUCCAUGGAUCAAUCUUGAUGAUGCUGGUUAUUUGAUUUCAAGAAAUUAUGCAACACGUCUGAUUAGAUGUACCAGUGUUUCAUCAACAAAUCCAACUUAUCUUGAUGACUUGGACUUUGAUUGCAAUCAAAUUCCAUCAAUAUUAGAUGCUCUCAACUGUUUAGCUUCCUGUCCGUGGAAAAUUAAUAACACCAUUUUAGACUAUCUUAUUCAAGUGGCACGUUCUGGUGGCAACGAAACUCUCAAUAUUCCCGAAUGGAGAAGUAAACCUAAACGUGUGGAUUUGAGAAAUGAUAUGACCGCCAAAGAACGUCGGCUCGCCUACAGAAAAUACCAUGAGGAUAGACAAGAUUAUGGUGAAUUUUGUUCACUGUGGAGCACUGAACUGUACAGACUAUCUAUAGCUAAUCAAUAUCGUGACAAAAUUAUUUGGUUUCCACAUAGUAUGGAUUUCCGUGGUCGUGUAUAUCCUUGUCCUCCCCAUUUCAAUCAUACCGGUAGUGAUGUGGCUAGAAGUCUUAUUGUAUUUGCAAAGGGAUUACCUCUUGGUCCUAAUGGCCUAGAUUGGCUUAAAAUACACUUAGUCAAUUUAACAGGUUUAAAGAAGAGAUGCACCCACUCAGAACGUUUAGAAUAUGCCGAUUCUAUAAUGAAUGACAUUAUUGAUUCUGCUGAGAAACCAUUUGAUGGUAGGAGAUGGUGGCAAAAUCAAGCAGAGCCAUGGCAAAUCUUAGCUUGUUGUAUCGAAUUAAAAAACGCUUUGUCACAUCCAUCUGGACCAGAAUCAUAUGUUUCUCAUUUUCCUGUUCAUCAAGAUGGUUCUUGUAAUGGAUUACAACAUUAUGCCGCCUUAGGCCGUGAUCUUCGAGGUGCAAAAUCAGUUAAUCUUACUAGUAUGGAUUAUCCACAAGAUUUGUACAGUGACGUUGUUGAAAUCGUAGAAGAACAAAGGCGUAUCGAUGCUGAUGGCGGGAACUCUAUUGCUAAAACACUUGAAGGUUUUGUUCGGCGUAAAGUUAUCAAACAGUCUAUAAUGACUACGGUUUAUGGUGUUACUCCAUAUGGGGCUACUGAGCAAAUCCGUAAACAACUUCGCGACCUACCUGAUUUCCCCAAAGAGUCUUUACUCCCUGCUUCUAGAUAUUUGGCUCGUUUAACACUGAAUAGUAUCGAAAAAGUUUUUACGUCUUCAGUUGAUAUUCAAAAUUGGCUUUGCAAAAUUGCCAAAUAUAUAUCUGGAGAUUUACAUCAUAGAGUUAGCUGGCAAACCCCUCUUGGUCUACCAGUUAUACAACCAUAUAUCCAGUCAAAUAAAAGUUCGACUGAUUCUGAUGAUUAUACAGUUAACUAUUAUAGCCAACUUAUUGACAAUAAUCAGAAACUAGAUUUACUAAAGAAUGAUAAAACGGGUGACAAUUUGAUAUCGUUGCCAAAAUCAUCUAAACAGACAAGUGCUUUUCCACCGAAUUUUAUUCACUCAUUAGAUUCAUGUCAUAUGAUGCUAACGGGUUUGCAGUGCUUAAAAGAAGGCAUUGUUUUCGCCUCUGUACAUGAUUGUUUUUGGACUCAUGCAGCUACUGUAGAUAAGUUGAAUCGAGUAAGAACUUUAAUUUACACUAAUUAUUGGUAUCUUCUCUGUUUUUCCUUAUCUUUUAGUUCAUGGUCUUUUGUAUCUUAGAAUUUUAAGUAAAUUAACAGACGUUGUGAAGUUGAGUUUAUUUAUCUGCUUGUUUAGUCUGUUUUGGGCAAUAUCUCACUCGUCCAACUACCGAGUCAACAAUUUACACAAUGUAUAAUAUCAUUGGACCUCAUGGACAUGAAAUGUUUUUUACAGUUUAUUUCAUACACUUUAAAGUACUUGACAUGAUAACGCUUAUUGUAUGGGUUCUCAUUCUAUCCUUUAUGUAGAGAUCGAUUUACCAAGCGUUCAUUUAGGUUACUCAAAUGUUUCAUGCACACACAAUCUCAAUAAGAUAUGCCGUGAAGAAUUUAUUGCCCUUCACAGUCAACCAAUAUUAGGCGAUUUUGCUGAUUAUGCAAAACAAAGGUUUGGAUAUACAGACAAACAAAUCAAUGAAUUUAAAAGUGGGAAGAAACGAGAUCAGGCAUUGGCUUUCAAUCGUUUACUUUCGAAUCUCCCUAAAAGAGGUCAGUUUCUAGUUAUAUUUUUUCGAAUCUAUUCAUUAAUCGGCAUUCGCUCGAUUUUCUGUUUCUAGUAUUACACAGAACAUUGCAAACAACGUCACUUCAAACAAACGUAGUCCGUAUUUGGGGAUUGUUCCAAUCCCUUAGGAUAAUGUAUAUGGGUAUGGUUGGCCACUGACUCCUUUUAUGUCUUCAUAUCUACGUGCACCAUAUAUUUCUAAAAUCCUAAACAUUUCAAUGAUCAAUAUGACAGCGAAAGUUUUUCUUGUAUUCCUUUCAAACUUAAUUUUUUGUUAGCACGUAAAUAAAAUUCUUCUUUUAAAGCUUACGCAUUGGUGUGAAACUACUGUUCUUUUCUGAUGUAUGUAGAUUUGUUUGUAAUUUUUAUUUUCUAGAUAAAGUUUGAACUUAUCACCCACCGUUACGUUUACGGUGUUAUGAGAUACACUUUUUGUGCAGAAAACAUUUUAUUUGAGCUUGUGUCCAGUUUUCCCGAACACAAACGGUUCUGUUUUCAUAUCAGCUUCCUGUAAAGAUAUAUAUAUAUCUAUUUGGAUCAUGUUUCGAUCAAAUAUAGUAAUGGUCAUUUGGAUACGUAAGCAUUCAAAUAACAAGUUUCAUGUAAGACGAGAAUGAUCAUUCUUUAUUCCACCUUUAAUCAUUAUCAAACAGCACUAGAGUCCAAUGUAUUAGAUAUUAUUCUAUACACUAAUUUAUCAACAUAAUGUUUGGAUAAAUUUAGCCGUAACCAUCACCUCGUUUAACUUCUGUUUUCAAUGAGUAGGAAUUAUUUAAUAAUAUGAUAAUUGUGCAUAAAACAUGCACUUUUCUAUUUGUAUUCAAUAAUUUACCUUAAUAAACAUUAAACUACUUUUAUGCAUCAAAAUAUAUAAUGUUUCCCUCUAUAUAAUUUAUAUAGGUUCGUUCGAUUUGUCCGAAGUUAUGAAAGCAGAAUAUUUCUUCAGUUGAACAAAUCAUUUGCGUCAUAGUUAUAUACAGAAAAUACACUGUACAUAGAGUUGAUUAGAAUAUUUUUACAUCAUUAUGAGUUUGUAAAUAUAAUUCAACUUUUAUUU